UUAAAAUAUUGUUCAAGACAAUAAUAUAUAAUCAUGGGUGAUAAAAGACAACAGAAUUUAUCGAAAGAAGAAAUAGCUAAACAAUUUAUGCUGCCAGAAAGAAAAAGCAAGAUUGCUACUUUACUGAAACAGGAUGGACAAGCUUACUGUAUUUGCAGAAGUUCUGAUAGUUCACGUUUUAUGAUAGGAUGUGAUGCAUGUGAAGAAUGGUAUCAUGGUGAUUGCAUAAAUAUAACAGAAAAAGAUGCUAAGCAUAUAAAACAAUUUUUCUGUAUUCGUUGCAGAGAAGAGGAUCCAACUUUGAUAACACGUUACAAACCAAGAAGAACAGACCAGGAAGAUCGUAAAUAUAAGAAACAUAAAGAAAAAGAAAGAGCACAUCGAUAUGAGUACGAUGCACCUUGGGAUCCAACAGCGCUAAAAAAAUCAUCAAAACGUUGUGGAGAGUGUACAGGAUGUUUAAGAACUGAAAAUUGUGGAAAAUGUGAUGCAUGCAGACAUUUGAAGAAAUUUGGACCUUCAGUUAGAUUGAAACUUAGAUGCAUACAAAGAACCUGUAGGGUGUUAGGUGAUCCACUGAAACCAUCAAAGAGUUUCAAUAAAAGUUCUAAAUUUAUUAAGAAACGAAAGAGAGAUUCCAGUAAUGAAAGAAAUGAACAUUUAGAAGUACCAAGGCAUUGUCAUGGUCCUGCUUGCCCAAAACAAUCUCGACCGGGUAGUAAAUACUGUUCUGAUGAGUGUGGAUUAAAAUUAGCGACUAACAGAAUUUACCAAGUACUGCCUCAACGGAUACAAGAGUGGUCAUUAACACCAUGUAUUGCAGAGCAGAAUAAUAGAAGGCAAUUAGAAACUGUUAGAAAACAACAGCAAGAUGUUCGAAGAAUUCUUCAGGAGUUAGAUAAAAGACAUGCAGAGCUAGACAGAAUUAUCGAGCGUGCGAAACAUGCAACAAUUGAUCCCCAGGCAGAAGUGGAUGAUAAUGAUGAUACAGAAAUGAGCAUGUAUUGCAUCACUUGUGGUCAUGAGAUUCAUUCGAGGACUGCCAUUAAACAUAUGGAAAAAUGUUUCAAUAAGUAUGAGUCUCAAGCAUCCUUUGGCUCAAUCUUCAAAACUCGUAUAGAAGGACAAGUAAUGUUCUGCGACUUUUACAAUCCUGUAAAUCGAACUUACUGUAAAAGAUUAAGGGUUCUUUGUCCUGAACAUUGCAAGGAUCCAAAGAUUAGUGAAACCGAGGUGUGUGGUUGUCCAUUGGUUACAAAUGUGUUUGAUACAACUGGUGAAUUUUGUCGAGCACCAAAAAAAAGCUGUGUAAAGCAUUAUGUCUGGGAAAAAUUACGACGAGCAGAGAUCGACAUGGAAAGGGUAAGACAGUGGUUAAAGAUAGAUGAAUUAGUCGAACAAGAGAGACAAAUUAGAGCAAAUAUGGCUACUCGCGCUGGAGUGUUGGCUCUAAUGCUUCAUUCUACAUAUAAUCAUGAAUUAAUGGAGCAAAUGACGCAAGAACAGAAUAGGGAACAGUUAGAAGCUAUGGAAGAAGAAUUGCAGCGAAGGUACUGCUUGCUUCAAAAGGAACAAACAGCGGAAUAAUAAUUGUUUUUGUUGUUAAUGAUAUCUACAGCUGAUACUAUGUCGAGUUUUUUAACA